UCUGUUAGUCUUCGCGCGGUGUGUGUGCUUCACGCGCUCGUGCCCCUCAGCUGGUCCGACAUCAUGGCGGACGCAGAUUCUUGGGAUGCUGAUAGUUUCGAGCUCGAGGAGCCUCUCAAAAAGGCGGCAGUUCGUGACAAAUGGGAGGGCGAGGAUGAAGACGACGACGUCAAAGAUAAUUGGGAUGAUGACGAAGAAGAGGAAAAGGACGAGGAAAAAAAGUCAGAAACUAAACCUACAGAAAAGAAGAAACUCAGCGAAAAAAUAAAGGAAAAGGAAAAUUUACAAAGAAAAAAACAAGAGGAGCUCCAAAAACGAACUACCGUUCAAACGUUGGAGUUAGAGGAGUCAAAAAACAGCACAGAACUCACACCAGAAGAGGAGCUGGCAGAAAAACUUAGAGUGAAAAAACUACAGGAAGAUUCAGACUUAGAACUAGCAAAAGAAGUAUUCGGUGUAGUAUCAAAUAAUGUUUCAGGAAUUGAUGCAAUGAGUCCCUCUACAAAAGAAGACUUCACAGAGUUUGAGCGGUUGCUAAAAGAAAAAAUUUCUUCCUGUGAGAAAUCAAUACACUAUUCCAGCUUUUUAGAGUCACUAUUUAGGGACCUGUGUCUUUCAUUGGAAGUUGAUGACUUGAAGAAAAUUAACAAUUCUCUAACAGUGUUACUAAGUGAAAAACAGAGACAAGAAAAGGCAAACAAAGGUAAAAAGAAAAAGAAGGGAGUUUUACCAGGAGGAGGUUUAAAAGCCACAAAGAGAGAUGAUCUCGCAGACUACGGGGAGUUCGGCGGAGGCUAUGCACAAGACUAUGAGGAUUUCAUGUGACCAAGGCUUAAGCCAUUGCUAGUGUUUGCCGAUUGCUGAACCACAAACCUUAACAGCAUGACCUUACCCUUCAGUCAAGCCCACUACCAGAACCAUGCUAGAAUACUCUGAACACCAUCCCACGCAAUGCACACUCUCCCUUCAAAGAGGUUAUGCAGAGAAUCAAUUAACUGCAGUAUUUGUCUUUAAUCUGUGAAUUCAGGUCAAUGUUUGUCGGUAUAAUAAACCUGAUAAAAUGGGGCCCUUUUCACAAAAGUGAAUCUGCAGCAUCAAUUAAUCAUCACAGUCCAGGCAACAAAGAGUGUUAUUGUUCGGUGACUGCUAUGUCCUGGAAAUAAAUGACAUUCUAUGCAAAUUUCAGUCCGGAUUGAUCUAUCGUCGUAUCCGCUUCAGUCGGUUUCCUUUAUGAAUGGGAUGUUCCUUUCGUAAACCAAGUCGAUUAACUCAACCUAUACAACCUACAGUGGUGAUAUGGUAGUCACCUGGUUUAUAAAUCAUGUCUACAAUCAGAGUUUCAUUUUUUGUUCAUAGACUACAGUGAGCUCAUUUGUUUAGAUAAGUAAAUUUAUAGUGUAGCGUACCUAAUUGAAGCAGAAUGCUUUGAAAAUAACACCUUUUUGUUUGUAGCUCGUAAAGCAUUCCAUGAAAAGUCUAAGACCAUAAGUAUCACCCCUGAACCAUUUGGAAGAUAUAUUGCAGUGUUAUUAGCAUUACCUAAAUUUUGCAGAGCGAAAUAUGUGAAUAUUUACAAAUAUAACACGUUUUCAGUGCAGCACAUUAUGCAGUUACUCAUUUGACCUCAACUAUGCCAGCAAUGAAUGAGUGUGAUCUGCUAAUGUAUAAGGGAUCGAACAUUGACAUGGGGUCUUUUCAGGUGUUGUUUGACUUUCCAUUUUUUUGACAACUUACAGUGAUCGACAUGAAUCAUAGAGACUUAUGAUCAGUGAAGCCGAUGAUAGACUGCACUGUUUUAUAAAGAUCUAAUUUAAUAAAAGUUGCUUAAAAUCCA